AUGGAGCUCUCCUCGUCGGGGGGGUUUUUUUUUAACCCUCAGUUUGGAGUCUUCGAUGCUCUUAUUAAAGUCUUAUCUGUGUGCUUCGUUGAGACUUAUUUGUGGCUCCUCGUCGGGGUUUUUAACCCUCAGUUUGGAGUCUUCGAUGCUCUUAUUGAAGUCUUAUUUGUGUGCUUCGUUGAGACUUAUUUGUGGCUCCUCGUCGGGGUUUUUAACCCUCAGUUUGGAGUCUUCGAUGCUCUUAUUGAAGUCUUAUCUGUGUGCUUCGUUGAGACUUAUUUGUGGCUCCUCGUCGGGGUUUUUAACCCUCAGUUUGGAGCCCUCCUCGUCGGGGUUUUUAACCCUCAGUUUGGAGUCUUCGAUGCUCUUAUUGAAGUCUUAUUUGUGUGCUUUGUUGAGACUUAUUUGUAG